CACUGAGUACCCGCACAGCCUUCUUGCAGUGUUGACAUUUCCACUAGUAAGGGUUCAGCUAUGAGCAAUUGAAGUAAUAUUUACAGUAUCGGUGACUAUGGAUACACACUUCACCAAAUCACUCAAUAAUAUAACAGUAAUUUCACGAGUGUGUUUGCGGGCUGCUGUAGUUAGCGUGGACGCUAAUGUCAACAUAGAUUAGCUAAACGUUAAGGUAACUGCGUGGCAGUGCGGUGGAUACCACCUGUUAAUCAAUCAUCAUUAGCACUAUUUCUGUCUUUGACAUCAACGAAACAACAUCGUCCGCCGGGGGAACUGGGCCUGUCAGAAUGAGGAUUUUAAGGUUUCUGAGGAGCAGCGUGUCCAUAGGGAAGGACAUUGACUAUUAUUCAAAAUUUUCACCCUCUCCUCUUUCAAUGAAGCAGUUUCUGGAUUUUGGCUCAGAAAAUGCAUGUGAGAAAACAUCAUUUGCCUUCCUCAGACAGGAGUUGCCAGUGAGGUUGGCAAACAUCAUGAAAGAGAUCAACUUGUUGCCAGACAACUUACUGAGGACUCCUUCAGUCCGGCUGGUCCAGGGCUGGUACAUGCAAAGUUUUCAGGAGAUUCUUGAGUUCAGAGACAAAAAUGCAGAUGAUGAGAAAGUCACAUAUGACUUCACAGAUGCGGUAAUAAAAAUCAGAAAUCGGCACAAUGAUGUCAUUCCCACCAUGGCUCAGGGAGUUGUGGAGUACAAGGAGACCUAUGGUACAGACCCGGUUGUCAGCCAAAAUGUUCAGUAUUUUCUAGAUCGUUUCUACAUGAGCAGGAUAUCCAUCAGGAUGCUGCUCAACCAGCACACUCUCCUCUUUGGUGGAAAGGUGAAGGUGAACCCAGCACAUCCCAAACAAAUCGGCAGUAUUGAUCCACACUGUCGUGUCAGCGAGGUUAUCAGAGAUGCCUACGAAAAUGCACGAAACCUUUGUGACCGGUACUACAUGAACUCUCCUGAGCUGGUACUAGAGGAGUUCCACGUCGAGGAGCAGAGAAAGCCCAUCACAGUGGUUUACGUUCCAUCUCAUUUGUAUCAUAUGGUGUUUGAACUUUUUAAGAACGCCAUGCGGGCCACCAUGGAGUUGUACGGUGAUGCCAUGGAGUAUCCUCCUAUUCAUGCACAGGUCGCUCUGGGAAGUGAAGAUAUGACAGUCAAGGUGAGCGAUCGUGGAGGAGGCGUGCCGCUGCGCAAGAUUGACAGGUUGUUUACCUACACGUAUUCCACAGCUCCUCGACCCAGCAUCGACGGUCGCGCUGCUCCUCUGGCUGGUUAUGGGUACGGCCUGCCCAUCUCCCGACUGUACGCCCGCUACUUUCAAGGGGACCUUAAGCUGUACUCUCUGGAAGGUUAUGGAACCGACGCUGUGAUUUACAUUCGGGCCCUCUCCACAGAAUCCAUCGAGAGGCUCCCCGUGUACAACAAGUCAGCCUGGAAGCAUUACAAGACGAUCCAUGAGGCAGACGACUGGUGUGUCCCCAGUAAAGAACCCAAAGACAUGACAACAUUUCGCAGUUUCUAGAUCCAAAUGGCCGCUCGUUCCUGUAGCAAAGUGUGCAAGAAGAGUUUUCUGUAAAUGAAUGGUGGUGGGCGUGUGCGCAUGAAAUGGUAUUUAAUCAGUUCAGAUGUCUUUUUAUAGAAGGAAAAGGAAUAAUAGAAAAGGGUUUUAGUGCCAUAUAUUUCAUAUAGAACAAUAGUUUAAUGGAGUGCAGCAGCUGUCAAUGAAAUAAAAACAUUUUUCCCACUAAUGCUGACGGACUGGCACUAACCAGGUUUCUGGAAGGCCACAUUGCUCUUGAAAGUAAAGCCUGACUACUAUUGGAUUUUUGAGGCUGAUACUAUUUGAGUUUUAAAAACAACAUAUUGGCCAAUAUUAGCUUUUUAUUUUAACAUAAUCGCAUGACAAACAUGGCAUUUCUGUACUGCAAUUUGUUCUUUAUCAACUAGCACAUAUAUACAGAUGUGUGAUGAACAAAAAUCAGCUGAUGUAUUAUUAAAAUUAUGAUUUUUUUUAUGCUUUAAAGAACAACAAAUUAGAUUCUAUGUAACCAGGUCUCAGCAUAGGAACUCUAUAAACGUCACCAACUGAAAGUACCUGCAUGGUUAGAUACUGCCAGGGGAAAAAUGUUUUUGUAAUUUAGGUGAACUCAUCCUUUAAGGUAUGAACUGUACUGACAAACUUUCUUUACAGUUAGUCGUUGCAGUUUGUUGUCCUGGUUUGAGUCUUAAACGCUUAGCUGCUUUUAUUCCACUGAUAGUUGGAACUGUUACCGUCUGUGUGUUGAGUUUAUUCAGCUCUGUGCGUCUCUUCUGCCAAGUGUGAAAUUGGACGCAAGGAAAACUUGUUAGUUGCUGAUUGGUUUCAAAUCUGUUGGAAGUUUCUGCUGAAAAUUUUUUUAUGAAUAAAAUGUUUCAGGGCAUUUCUUCUCCAGCUGGACGAAGUUUACAAACAAUAUGAUCAAAAAAAGUGUUUGCCAUCUGUAUUUGUAUAAUUCAGCUUGUGAAAUGUUUUAUUGGGUUUGCAACAUAUUUUGUAUUUAUUUUCAGUUAAUUUUCAAAUAAGGUAUUGCAAAUAUGAAACUAGAUGAGUCUUAUGUUUUCUCAUGAGGGGUGGAUCACUUACAGCAUGAGUUCAAAAUACAGUAUUUGGGAUGGUGUUGGUGUUAAAUAAGCUAUCAUUCAUAUUCUCCAUGAUGCACUGAAGCUGUUACACUAUCAUGUUCAGUAAGAAAUAAAUAUUUAAAAUAU